UGCCGGCUUGCUCGCUGAUGCCUUGUAUGUCUUGGCGCUAGAGCUCCCCGCAAUAAGCAUACAGCUCCCGCCUUGCCUCCCCACCAAACAGCAUCAAACUCACCCAAACAAUCUCGACACCGUCUUCAAUCAUGGGGACCGCUUUGAAGACGUGGGAGCUGGAGAACUCCGUCAAGCUUGUAGAUCCCCAGAAGGACGCCCUCUACAAUUAUUCCUCCUCGGAGCAGAAAGCCAUCAACAACGCGCAUCCAUGGCGAACCGACCCCAACUACUUCACGUCUGUCCGCAUUUCGGCCAUCGCCCUCCUCAAGAUGGUCAUGCACGCGCGAUCCGGCGGCUCAAUCGAAGUCAUGGGCCUGAUGCUAGGCAAGAUUGAAGCACACACAUUCGUCGUGACCGACGCAUUCCGGUUACCAGUCGAGGGUACAGAGACACGAGUCAAUGCACAAGACGAGGCAAACGAGUACAUGGUAGAGUUUCUACAGCGCGCACGAGAACAGGGACAGAUGGAGAACGCCGUCGGCUGGUACCACUCACAUCCUGGCUACGGCUGCUGGCUCUCGGGCAUCGACGUCAACACACAGAAGACUCAACAACAGUUCCAAGACCCCUUCUGCGCCAUCGUCAUCGAUCCCGACCGAACUGUCUCUGCGGGCAAAGUCGAGAUCGGUGCCUUCCGUACCUAUUCAACAGAGUACGUCGAGAAUCAGGCCAAGGCAGGUGGCGGCUCCAAAAACACAAGUGGCGCUGAGAGCGACGGCUUCGAAACCAUUCCGCUCGGCAAGAUUGAGGACUUUGGCGCACACGCCAACCACUACUACCCCCUCGAAGUCUCGCACUACAAGUCUUCACUCGAUGCUAAGCUACUAGAAGCGCUGUGGAACAAGUACUGGGUACAAACGCUGUCAUCCUCUCCUCUCAUCUCCAACCGCGAUUACGGCACCAAACAGAUUUCAGACCUCGCCCGUAAAAUGCAGCAAGAGAACAACAGCAGCAAGCGCUUCAAAGGCGGAGCAGGUUACGCGACGAACAGCGAGAGUAAGAACCAGUUGACCAAGCUGGGUGCGGCUGGGAGCAAGAUUGCGCGUGAAGAAGAUAUGGGCCUGCUGGCUGCAAACGUCAAAGAUAAGGUCUUCAACCUUGCGAACGGACAGGAGGUCAAGAGUCAGGAGGUCGAGAUGGAGACUUCCUAGGUGUACGAUGAAGUAUCGUGGAUAGCAUGGUAUGGCGUUCAGGGUGUGUAGGGCGUACAUCGGAUAGAUCAUGGGAUGGGAUACCACACGAAAUGAAUCGAACAAAAUUGAUCUGUAUGUU